UCUUAGCAUAUAAUUAACAUGGUCGUAUAUCUAUGAUCCUUUUAUUAAACAACAAUAAUAAUGUAGUGUGGCUUUACGUGUUGUGGUUUGGGUUUUGUGAUUAUGUUGUUUAUUGAAGUUCCAGACUUCGUAGGAAUGAAAUAUAAUAUGUAUUAAUUUUAUGUAAGGAUGUGUGAAAACAUGGAAGAUCAGAGCGGGCCUAAGGUGGACGAUGAUGAAGCUGAGGCGGAAGGAAUCGAAAGUGCUGAAAUCAUGGAAAGUAAUGAACACAGCCUCAACAUGGAGGCAAGUGCAUUGAUGGCCCAGAUGGCUGAGGAGGAGAAUCAAAAGAAGAGAACUAGGCAUCGUCGCCGCAAGAUUUAUGAAAACAUAAGAAGCAAAAUGGAAUUUUACUUCAGUGAUGCAAACCUUGCAAAAGAUAGAUUUUUACACAACCUUAUUGAAAACAAUCCAGAAGUGGAUUUGGGAAUCUUCCUGCGGUUCAACAAGAUCAGAGAAUUAACUGAUAACAUAAAAGACAUAAAAAAGGCUUUGAAGCACUCUGAGGUUUUGUCAGUCUCAGAAGAUGGAACUAGAGUGUUUCGUAUAUCACCUCUUCAGAAGAAGGAGAAUGAAGAUGAAUGCACUAUUUAUGUGGAGAAGUUGCCUUUAGAUGCUAAUCAUGAUUGGCUGAUACAGGUUUUCUCUCAGUAUGGCACUGUGGAUUAUGUGUCCAUCCCCAAGUACUGGUCUACUGGAAAGAUAAAAGGCUUUGCUUUUGUGGAGUUUCACACUCCGCAAGAGGCACAAAAAACUUUGGAGGUCUUUGGAGCAGUUGGUUGCUGUUUACCAUCAAACAUAGAACCGGAAAAAUUGUGUAGCAUUGCUGCAUUCGAGAAAGAAGAAAGUGGUGACCGGUCACAGCAGUCUGGUGACAACUUGGCCAGCCGUAAGCAGAAGAGAGCUCACGGGGAGGGGGGUGACGGAGGGAAGGUGAAUGAGGAAGGUGAUGCAGAGGUGGUCACCCUGGAGGAACAGGAUGCAGAAAGUGAGAAAUCUCCGGCAGCAAAAAAAAGAGAAAAACAUAAAGACAAAGCCUCUGACAAAGAAAGCAGCAGGAAAGAGGAAAAGAAACGAAAAAGGAAGCGAAAGAAUACAGAUGGUGCAGAUGAAGUUGUAGAGAUAGUGCAGGAUUCAUUAGAAGAUAAUAACAAGAAAGAUAAAAAGAAGAAGAAAAUGGUUGAAAUCACUUUAGAUGUUGAGGAAGAGGUGGAUCUCACAGGUGAUAAUGAAAAAAAAGGAAAAAGCAAUCCAAAACAUUUGGAAGUUACUAUUGAUAGUGAUGUGGAAGCAGAAGAAAUUUCAUGUAAAGAUGAAAAUAAAAGGAAAAGGAAACAUUCAGAAACCACCAAAAGUGUAGAUGUAGAGGAAGAUCAACCAAGUGAAAGUAAAAAGAAGAAACAAAUUGACGUGGUAGAUCUUGAGAAGAGCUCACCUGAUACGGAGAGUCCAAAUAAACGAAAGCUCCAAGAGGAGGUGGUGACUGUUGAAGAGGAUGAUGUUCCAGAGAAAAUAGCCAAAACAGAUAGCGAUCCUGAGAGGGAAGAGGAUGACGCAGGGACAGAAAACUAUUCUGCAGAGGAUGGCAUUCAUAAAAAGAAGAAAUCGAGGCAUCGAAAGAAAAAGAAGAGGAAGCAGAUUGCCCACGAAGUGAGCGCUCUAGGACUUCAGGUUUUAUCAAAAAUGGAAUGGAAACGGUUGCGGAACAAGUACCUGAACCUUCAGAGGAAGACCAUGAAGAACCUGAAGCAGCAGUUAUUCCGCACUCGAAUGUGGGAUCAGAGGGGCAGCCACGCUAACGGCCACCCUCGGCGUGAGGAGCAGGCGGGCGAGGCGCCAAGCAGUGAGGUCUCGCAGGGGACUCCGAGGUUCUCUUACACCCCGGGAGUCAUUGUUCGCGUCAGCCUCGAGGCUCCAGUUAAGGGCGUUUCUAAGUUCAAGGCUGAAGCAAGAUCGCUUGGCGACGUGCAGUACGUGGACGUGGAAGAGGGUGCGACGGAAGCAUUCCUGAGGUGUUCCACUGCCGAAGGCGCCGCCCAGUUGGUGACGUCCAAACCUUGGGAACAGAUGGCUGUUCUGGAAGGCGAGGAAGAUAAGCAAUAUUGGAACAGAAUCCUCGAGUGGCGGCAGAAGAUGGCACACAGCGACAGAAAGAAAAAAAGAGGCAAAGACAAACUGCUGGCUAGAGCAGAGAAGGUCUUGAGUAAACAUAUUAAAUUUGAUGAUAAUGUAUAAUUUGUGAUUGUUUUUUUAUAAAUUUAGCUAAGAGUUAACAGUAGACUUAAUUUUUUUUUUUUUAGAGAUAGUACAUUAAAACUGUGUUAAUUCAAACUCUGGAAAUAAAAAAGGCUGUUUACA